CUGCGUUAAAGAACCUCGUAUUUGAUUGACAGUGAGUAGAUUUAGUCUACAUGCUGAGCUCCAUCUGCUAAUUGUCAUAGGUAACAAUAGAAAGAGGGUACACUUGUUAAACUUCUUUCAAACAAGCCUCUAUAUAAUUUUAUCAACGUGCCUCGUGAUUUAGCAUAAGCCUAGCUAACGGAGAUUCAUUACGCGGGACAAUAACUCUGGAUUUAUAUUCCUACGAGGAGUGAAUUUUUUAUCACGUGAAAAGGCAUGACUAGAUUGGAAGUUUUGAUCGAAUGAAGAGAUGUGCAACAUCUCCAUCAAAAUGACCAUCGCCUCCUCCCAAUCCCUCACAUCAAAACCAGAUAUCCCUUACGACGGAUGCAAGUACAGCGAAGUAACAACCGCUGAGGAGGGUGAUGAUGGGACUCAAAGUAACGAGAAGAAAUGGAUCCAUUCCGAAACCAUGGAAACUCCGGGUUGCAGUACGGUCGGUGAUGAGAAUGAUAGGAUGAUGCAGCCGGGUUUAGAGAAAGGUGGAAAGAGUCUUAAUAAUGGAGGAGCGCAAGGAGAAGAAGUAUGCGGAUAUACGUUGGAAGAAGAAGGAGAUACUGGUACCAAAGAGAAGCUAGAUGUAGAUCCUGAUCUUGGAUCCUUAAGAUGGGGUUGGGGAAGAUGGACUCCAAAGUGCACACAGCGGUUUAACUCGGCACCUUGGCUUUUGGUUUUCUUAAGCGCACUCGUAUUUUUCCAAGGUAUGGUGGGCAGCGGGCUUACCGGCAGCAAUGCAACGUCAAUUGAACGUCGAUUCCAACUACGAAGCCAAGACUACGGUUUUCUCGUCAGCACGUACGAAACAACCCAUAUCAUCUUCACACUCUUCGUCGCUUUCAAAGGAGGGCGUGGCCACAAGGUCAAGUGGGUUGCUAUUGGCUCCUUGAUUAUAGGAAUGAGCUCUCUUUUAUUUGCGCUGCCCCAUUUCACGACCGACAGAUAUGAGAACUUCAAUGAUGAGCACGGCGAUCUUGGUAUCUGCGAGUUCGAAGAGAAUACUAGUAGCGAACUCGACGUAACAGAUGAGAAGUGCCGAGAUGGUCAAAACGAUGAUAAUUUAUCACGUUAUAUCUAUCUAUUUGGAGCUGCAGAAGUCCUCUUGGCAAUGGGUUCUAUUCCAAUAUACACGCUUGGUAUUACAAUACUUGACGAAAGUGUGACGCUUAGAAAUAACGGCGUUUUUCUAGGUGUUUUCUAUGCUGUUAGUACAUUAGGGCCAGCGGUAGGGUACGUGGUAGCUGGUCUUUGUCUCACAAUAUUCACUGACAUUCACCUACCAGAGGGGGUGGAGCUUACAGAUGGCGAUCCUGGAUGGGUAGGGGCUUGGUGGAUCGGUUAUGUCAUAGCUGGUGUCUGUAUUCUACUCAUCUCUAUUCCUCUCGGAGCAUUCCCAAGGGAAUUACCCACAACUGCCAAAAUUCGAUUGGAGAAGGAAUGUGAAGCGCACGCCAAUGCCGGGGCGGAUAUCACGGCACAACCGAGUUUCGGAUCACGACCCGGUGACCUGCUGAAAGCAAUCAAAUACAUAUUGGUUAACCCAACCUACAUGUGCAUCACUUUGGCCGGAUGUUCGGACUCUUUGAUGAUCACUGCAUUUGGAGUCUUUCUGCCAAAGUUCAUUGAGAAUCAGUUUGCAACGACGGCUACCGUAGCAACGACCAUUGUUGGUACCUGUAUUGUUCCUGGUGGGGUACUUGGUGUGCUAUUUGGAGGUUGGAUUAUCCGUAGAUUUCGUCUAAGUGUAGUUGGAACGAUUAAAUUCUGUCUUCUGUUGACGAUCAUAACAACACUCACAUUACCUACCAUGCUCAUCAGAUGCCCACAAACUGAUUUAGCAGGUGUUCUAGUGAGCUAUGAACACAACGAUUCUAACAGCUACAUGCCAAGCGAGUUAGAUUUGAUCCACACUUGUAAUGAAGCAUGCCUUUGUUCAACCGCUCGCUACCUUCCUGUGUGCCUACAAGAAUAUGAUAUUGAGUUCUUCAGUCCUUGCCAUGCAGGCUGCACCAUUGAUUAUGAAAAUGGGACGUACACUGAUUGCUCAUGCGCAUUAUUUGUUUCUGGUGGUUUGUCAUCAUCGGUAAUAUCUGGGAAGUGUAAGAGUGGUUGUUUCAUCCUUCCUGUCUUCGUAACUCUUUUUAUUCUUAUUCUAGUGGUUUUGUUUAUGCCUAUGGUUCCAGCAACAAACGUCACAUUAAGAUGUGUUCCUGAAUCACAGAGACCAAUGGCACUAGGUGUUCAGUCUAUGAUAGUCAGAUGCUUAGGCUCCAUUCCAGGCCCUAUCUUAUUUGGAAUAAUCAUCGACAGCACAUGCUUGCAAUGGCAGGAAACAUGCAGUGGUCACGGAUCAUGUUGGCUUUACGAUAAUAAAAGCUUUGCUUGGAGACUAGCUAUUAUAUCUUGUGUGCUCAAAGUGAUGUGUGGAUUCCUGUAUGCCUUGGCUUUGUUCAGUUAUAAGCCAGCAACGCAGUCUCAAGCCAAUCAAAAAGACACUGAUCGUUCUUAUGUUUCGUAGUUGAAAGCUGGAAUCACAAUAACGUCUACAAAACAUUUUUCUAUUUAUACAUAUUUAUUCGCACCUGCACAAUUUUCUCUCCGAGAGUGGAUUGGAAAAAAAAAAGUCAAUGUUGAUUCGUUAUGAUUAUUUUAAUCCCCCAUGCCUCCUCUCCUUAUGAUUAUGUUGGAACAAUUCAAACCAAACUUGAAGAUCUACUUUUUCUUAUAUCCUGAUCAUGCAUACACUUGACUUAGAACAAUAUUGUCACUGCCUGGUAAUUUGUAUAUAUUUUAUCUCCUGUGCUGACCAGAGAUGGCAUCUCAAAGCUCUUUGAAUUUUGUGGAAAAGGCGCUAUAGAAAUUUAAACUAUAUUAUCAUUUAAACCUUUAUAUUAUGUGGUACGUUUGUGUGCUAAGAGCUUAUGAUCAGUGUGGCGUGAUUAAAGAUAAUAAUGGAAAUUCAUCAUAAAUUAUAUAUCAAUGUAACAAAGGAACAUUUCAAAACACCUUUUCCAAAUGAAUUUAUCCUAUACCAUGGUAAAUAAUCGAUCUGGUUUAACAUUAGCAAAUUUCAGUCCAGAACCUUUAUAUCGCUUUUUUUCCAAUAAAGAAUUUUGUGGAAGAGAGAAAAAAGAAUGGGUAUGAUUAUGAGUGGAUCGUUAAUGUGAAUCUUAUUUUUGUGAAUUGAUUAAAUGCAGUCUCAAAUAUAUCUGUAAAGCGCUUAGGGACAACAUUCACAUGUAUUAAGCGCUAUAUAAUUAUUAUAUAAUGAUAAUAAU